AUUGUGUUUAGAAAUUAUAAUUGCGAAUUACAUACCUAACUAUCUUGGAAUAAUAUAAUAAUGACGAAAGAAAGUUAAAAAUCUAUUAAUAUAUAAAAGCAAAAGAAAUUUUGGAAUAGUCCCGCUUGGAAACGUCACCAUCAAGUGAAUCAUCAUCCAUUACCUAUUAAACAAUGCAAUUCCGUUCCUCACAUGCAGCCCACGUGUUGAUGCUAUUUCAAUUGGUUGAUUUGGAGGUGUGAAUAGUGAUGUAGAUGAGAUGUCCAUACGGUUUGCACGUAUAAAAGCCGUUGGAGGUUUGGCCCCUUGUGCUGUCUGCUACAGUACCUGCCCCUUGUCUUGCUAUACCCGUGAGCUUCUGUCUUUCUUCACCCGUGAGCGCCUAAUGACCAAGAUGCCUAUUAUAAAGUCAACAACUCCCUUGCCUUUGAGUUAAGCCUGCAGAACCUUUGAGAGCAGUGUCUUCCUUCUUCCUCCUUGCUUGAGAGUUCCUUUGUGGUUAGAAGAAGAGAGUAAAGAGAAUAGGUGUGCUACAGCCUCCCCUAACGCGGUGUAUGUGAGUAUAGUGGAAUAGACCUGAGCCGGAGACGGAAUACGAUCCUAACAGUGGUAUCAGAGCGGGUUCGCCGUCUGCCGCCGCCGCCGUCCGUAACAUGCCGUGGAUUUCAGAGCUCGUAGGCUGAGGUCACCGCUGAAGCCUUGUCUGCCUAGGAAUCGCCGCCUAGAGAUCCGUCCGCUGGACCGCUGAAGCCUUGUCUGACGAAGCAGAGAGAACGCAGACGCUUGGACUUGGGUUCCUUUUUGGGCCUCUGGACCUGGGCUAUUCUUUUGUGUAGUGCUGGGGCUGCUGUCUUGGGCUGGGAGCUGGACAGCUACUUUGUUGCUGGGCUAGAGCUGGAGUUGCUGACCAGGAACGCUGGUCAACUUCGGUCAACGCCGGUCAAACUUAGUCAACAGUCCGAAAAUCCCAAUUUUUUAAUUGGGUAGGUAAGGUCGAAACCCUCUCCUAGGGUUUCGCUAAGGUAAAUUGGCGAUAAACACCCUAGGUGCACCGGGUGCCUCCGGAUUUAAUUUAUUCCCCCUCCUCGCGGGCCGCCGGUAGAUUGUAUCCCGGCCGCCAACCCCCCAGGUGCAUUUGCUAAACUCUAUCCUUUGUGGCAGAUUGUUUAGUUGUAUAAAUUGAAUUGCAAAGUGUUGUUAAUUUCAAUUCUUGUGCGUAGGGGUGGUUUAUUGGGUGUUAGGGGUAGAAUUAAUUAAUCCUAAUUGCUGACCGAAGUUGUUUAUGUGCCAAACUGUCCAAAAUUGCUAUUUAUUGCAUGCUGUCCGUGGUCAUUAAAGUGAAUACUUUAUAGCCCGUGUUGAUUUAUUUUCUGUCAAAUUUGUUUGUUUAGCUUUGUGUUGUUUUGUGGUUGAUACCAUGGCUGCUAAUCAGUAUGGUAUGCUUCCAUUUAAUGGAAAAACAGAUUUUGAUAUUUGGAAACAGAAAAUUAAGUGUGUUUUAAUACAACAAAAGGUUUUCAAAGUUGUCACUGGUAUUUUCCUUGAAUCAGAAGAUAAGGCUAAGCAAAGUGAAAUGAAUGAAACUGUUUGCUCUACCAUUUCCUUGAAUCAGAAGAUAAGGCUAAGCAAAGUGGGUAUUAUUGAAUCCGCUAAGGCUUUGUGGGAGAAAUUGGAUAGUCUCUAUACUGAUACCUCUUUGCACGGGAAGUUGUUUUUACUUGAGAAAUUCUUUAGGUUUAGGCUUGACUAAGGAUAUAGAUGAGAACCUGGAUGUGUUUAAUAAACUGAUACAGAAUAUCAAACAGGCAGGUGAUAAACACAUAGAUGAUUAUACUCCCAUAGUGUUACUUAAUGCAAUUCCCGACUCUUAUAAUAAUGUUAAGUCCGCUAUUAAAUAUGGUAGGGAUGAUAUUUAAUAGGUUAAGGAGUAAGGAAUUAGACCUGAAGCAUGCUAGGGGUAGUGCUAGUCAGUCCAGGGACUCCGGUGAGGCUAUGUUUGUGAGAGGUAGAUCUAGGGUAGGUCUAAGAACUCUAAGCAAAAUACUUCUUCCUCUGUAUCUUCAUCAUCAUAUAUCCAUUCUUCUUCUUCCUCCGUGUGCGCCUCGUUGAAGGAUACUCUGCAUAAUAAACCUGGACUGCUUGUUGAGCGAGUAUAAAAGGCUCAUUUUUCUGAUACACACGAGAGUGAUCGACGUCAAUUAUAUUAUACUUUGAAUUUUUUCUCACACCACGUGUAGCGAAACAACACGCAUGUUAAUGUGCCAAACCAGAAGGCAUUUGAAGUUCGAGAAUCUCAUGCAAGAAACCAAAAAAAUUGGUUUCCGAGUUAUCAGAACCAAUGGUCGGGACACAUAACCCACUGUUCAUUCAUCGUUGGUCGACCUUCUCCAUAUUCGACUGUGUGAUACGUAUAAUCGUUUAUCACAUAUGAAUGACAAACCUUUGCAUAGGAAGAAGGGUCCCACGAUAAUGAUACUAACAGAGGGUCGUUAAUCCCACGGUACCUGAUCUGCAAAUUAAAACAUGAUAACAUUAGGUAAUGAUUAAAAAUUAUUAGCUAAUAGUCUAUAUAAUGUAUUUAUAUAUACCUGCUGUUGGUACCAUAAUGCAAAGUCAGAGUCCACCAUUGCAUCAAUUGCAGCAUCAGAAAAUUCACUGUGAAUUGAAACAUAAAGAUAUUAUUAUAACACUCUAAAUAUCAAAAAAAUGUUAGCUAUAUUACAAAUAUAACUACCAAUUCAACUUACUUAUAAAAUGGUAAGAUUUCUUGACAAUUCAUGAGGAUGUAAGUUUGUGCAAUUUUCAUUUCUCCGCCCACGAUGUAACGGUAAGUCACAUCUCCUUUACCUCUAUCUGGGUAGUUGAAAAUAGAAACUACUUUGUCAUAUGAAUCUUCGCCAAUGUCAUCGUUCCGAGCAGGUCUCUUUUACGUAUGACUUCACGCUCAAAAUAAAAAGAUGAAAACGUUGAGGUUUCUUGUUGAAUAUAUGCUUAACAAAUUGAAGCCUCAAUGUGUGCCUUGUUGGUCGCUUUCUUUUUCAAAUCUCCCAGAAACAUGUCAUGCAAAAUAAAAUUUGUAAACAAACAAAUGUUCUUAUUAAACAAAUCAUCGUUUAUAAAUGAAAUUGUGACUAACCUGUACAUCCAACGAUAGUGAAGACGAGAGUGAAGCACUUCAUGAAAUCAUCGUUAGCAUGACUGGCCAACAUGAAAAUUUCUUCCCAAACUUUCCAAAAGCAGCAAAUCUGUCUGAACACAAUCCCAGUCGCACAUUCCGUGGUUCCAUUCCAUUGCAAACUGAGGAUGACAACGGUCAAAGUGUCUCCAAGCUUUACAGUCGGAAGGGUGAGACAUCAAACCCUCUUUGGUUUCCUGCUCAACAUGCCACGUCAUGUGUUUCGCAGUAGCAUUUGAAGCAUACAUCCUUUUCAGACGUGGAGCUAGAGGGAGGUAAAUCAAUUUAGACAAUGCAGACCUUUUUCGUGGUUUUUUCGUCUAUGAGGAAUAGGCUUGUAUCUCUCUCCACCACAGAACUUGCAGCUCUCAAGUGCCACAUCAUCCUUCCAUAACAACAUACAUCCUUCUGGGCACGCAUCAAUUUCUAUACAAGGAAGCCCCAACUGAGACAUUAAUUGUUUCAUUUUGUUUCAUUUUUGUAAUUCACUACGUAUUCCAUAGUUAUCGCGAUGUUUUUGGUACAUCCAACUUCUGUUUUGUCUAUACAUUAUGCCUGUAUAUUAUAAUCAAAAUAUUAUAUAAGUACAUUAAGUAACGUUCAAUUAAUAUUAUUAAUUAACUAAAAGCAGUACAUUUGUGGCAUUAAUAAUUUGAAUUAUCUAACCUUUCAAUCAUGACUAAUUCAUAUUUAGAAACAUUAAUAUGUUAAAUUUCACUCAAGUUCACUAUUAAUAUUAUUAAUUAACUAAAAUAAAUAUGUUAAUGACCGGAAUUAAUAAUUUACUAAUAUUUCACUCAAGUAACAUUAAUAUAUUAAAUUUCAAUUAAAAUUACUAAUUAACUAAUAGUAAUAUGUUAAUGGCAUUAAUCGUUUCAAUUAUUAACUAAUUCACAAUAUUAGAAUUUGUGCACCAAACACACUAAAUUAUUACGUUAAUGGCAUUUAUUCACAAUACUAAACAUAUGAAAAUCUAAUAGUAC